UUGCAUUUCAUCGCCAAAAAAUUUUGAGAGAAAAGACGAUUUCAUUCUUUCUCAUACUAUUACUCUAAUUGUAGCGAAAGCACUUUAUCCAUACUUUCAUAUUUCUUCAUUCCACUAGUGCAUAGAGUUCAUUCAAAAAUUCAUUAAUAUUCAUAUAAUAUUCAUACAAAAGUUAUGAUAGCUCCCAAUCUCAUUCAAAUUGCUGUCAUUGGUGCGGGUCUCAUUGGUCCCAGACAUGCUUCCCAUGUGGUGAACAAUGCCCAUGCUGAACUUUUUGCUAUAGUUGAUCCUUCACCUACAGCAAAGGAAAUCGCUGCCUCUAUGGAAACCAGAUACUUCACUUCUAUCCAAAAUAUGAUAGCCUACUGUAACCAGAAUGGAAUGCUGUACCCAGAUGGUGCCAUCAUUUGCACUCCCAACCAUACUCAUAUUAGAGUCAGUGCUGAAUUGGCCAACUACGGAAUUAACUUACUUGUGGAAAAACCUCUCAGCUCGAUACCUGAAGAAGCUAAGGCUCUUAAAAACUUUGCCAAAGAAAAGAAUGUCAAGGUUUUAGUAGGUCACCAUAGAAGAUUCAAUCCUUUUAUUGUUGAGGCUAAGCGCAAUUUGCAUAAAGUAGGCGAUGUUAUUGCCAUUCUGGGAACUUGGGCUCUAAGAAAGCCCGAAUCGUACUUCAAGAUGUCACCUUGGAGAACAGAUAACAAGACUGGGGGAGGAGUACUUCUCAUCAACUUAGUUCAUGAUAUCGACUUGUUGCAGUACAUGUUUGGUCCAAUAGAAAGAAUCUAUGCAGAAUUAUUGAAAAAGCAAAGAUCACAUUACCCAGAUGCAGACGAAGGUGCUGCUUUGACCAUUAAGUUCAAAAAUGGCAUAACAGGAACAUUUAUUUGCUCCGAUAAUGUCACUUCUCCUUUCAACUUUGAAAGUGGAACAGGUGAGAACCCUACUGUUCCUUUCCAGAAUGAACUUGAAGGUUUCUAUAGGGUCUUCGGUUCCAAGGGCACCUUGUCUGUUCCGGACUUGCAUUUAUUCCAUCAGCCAGAAGCUGUAGAUGACAACACAAACUCGUGGUUACAUCCUAUCGAAAAGGAACAACUCGUGGAAAAUAAGUUGGAAACUUUGCAUUCCCAAAUGCCAUUCGAUUUGCAACUUGAUCACUUUGUCGAUGUCAUCAGAGGAAGAGCAGAACCUCUUUGCUCAGCUGACGAUGGCAUGUCAGCCUUAAUGUGUAUUGAUGCAGUUAUGAAAUCUGUGGAAACUGGCAUUCCUCAAUACGUGGAGGAUAUUAAAAAUAUCAUCCCAGAUUAUGAAGCUUUGGGUUUAGAUUCUGAUUUAAGAGCGAAGUAGUGAUUAAAUUCGUGAGAAGAAAAAAGUUGAUUUUUGAUCUUAUAUUUAAAACGUAAUGUUUGGUUUAUUGUGCAUUUAUAUUCAUUUAGUCUUUUAAAGAUUUAGUUUUAGUUGGUAUUGAUUUUAGUUCGUUUCAAGAAAUAGCUUUUCAUGAUU